GGCGGCGAGUGACAGGUCGCUACGGGGCUGGAAUCAGGGUCGGGGCCGGGAUCGGGACUCAGGUCUCUGGGGAUUAGCUUCUCUGCUUCUCUCGCUCGUCCCAUCGCGGUGACCUUCAUGGGCCUCAGGCCCCCCGCCCCAGGGCGGCUGAGGUGGGCCGUGUGAGGCGGCCGCGGGUGGCUUGAGGCCGAGGGUGACUGUGGCGAGCGAGGUCGGGCCCAGCCGAGGGCUGAGGGAGGGCGGCAAUGUUCGUGCAGGAGGAGAAGAUCUUCGCCAGGAAGGUCCUGAGGCUUCACAUCUGCACCAUGGAAGGCGCCGAAUGGCUGGAGGAGGUCACCGAGGAUACUACGGUGGAGAAGCUCAAGGAGCGCUGCCUCAAACAUUGUGUAAAUGUGAGCUUAGAAGACCCUAAAAGUGUAACACAUCAUAAAUUAAUACAUGCUGCUUCAGAGAGGGUUCUGACAGACACCAAAACUAUCAUAGAAGAAAACAUUCAAGAUAAAGAUGUCUUAUUACUGGUAAAAAAACGAGCUCCUCCUCCUCCUCCCAAGAUGACUGAUGUCUCAGCUGAGGAAAAGAAAAAGCAAGAACAGAAAGCUCCAGAUAAAGAUGCUAUUCUCAAAGCAACAGCGAAUAUUCCCUCCCACAGUGUGGACCGGACUGUGGCCCAUCACAGCAUGAGAGAUUUCCAGACAGAACUCAGGAAGAUCUUGGUUUCACUUAUAGAGGUGGCACAGAAAUUGUUAGCACUGAACCCAGAUGCAGUUGAAUUAUUUAAAAAGGCAAAUGCAAUGUUGGAUGAGGAUGAUGAUGACCGAGUAGAUGAAAUAGCUUUAAGACAACUUACAGAAAUGGGCUUCCCUGAGAAUAGAGCUGUGAAAGCACUUCGUCUCAAUCACAUGUCAGUAACACAGGCUAUGGAGUGGUUGAUAGAACAUGCAGAAGAUCCAACUGUGGACACACCUCUUCCAGGCCACACUUCAUUAGAAGCUGCAGGUGCUUCUGCCUCCUCCUCUCAAGCUUCUGGUGGACUAAAUACAGAAAAAGAGGAAGUCAAGGAUGAGCUAACAGAAAUCUUCAAGAAGAUCCGUAGGAAAAGAGAAUUUCGACCAGAUCCACGAGCUGUCAUUGCUCUGAUGGAGAUGGGAUUUGAUGAAAAGGAAGUGGUAGAUGCACUGAAAGUAAACAACAACCAGCAAAAUGCAGCCUGUGAAUGGCUGCUUGGUGACCGAAAACCCUCACCAGAAGAUUUAGAUAAGGGAAUUGAUCCAGAUAGUCCUCUUUUUCAAGCCAUCCUUGACAACCCAGUUGUGCAGUUAGGACUAACUAAUCCUAAAAUUUUGUUAGCAUUUGAAGAUAUGCUUGAAAACCCAUUAAAUAGCACCCAGUGGAUGAAUGACCCUGAGACAGGACCUGUCAUGCUACAGAUCUCCAGGAUCUUUCAGACGCUGAACCGCACCUAGGGUGAUGGACACCCUCCACUCUGCUGCUCCCGCUGCCCACAGCUUCAGGUUCCUCAUAGAAGAAGGAGCCGAGGAUUUGGGGGGGAGGGGAAGAAAAAAUAACUUUUGGUAUUUGGCUAGAGGCCCUUUUAGUUAUACUUCUCAAACAAGAAAGAAUGUAGCUUAUAGCUAGCUGGAAAUGUAGUUGCCUUAUGGAUUUAUUGGUAGUGGAAGCAGGGUUUGCAUUCAGUUAGAUUGAAUAAAAAAAUCCAUAUCUCAAAAAUACUCAUGCGAACAACUUACAUGGGAUUGUUUGAGACAGUAAUGACUGCUCUGGUUUUAUACCUUAUUGCUUAAAGAAAGAAUCUGUGAGGGUAGUUUACAAGUCAGUAUUUUUAGCAUCUGACCGAUGUUUACAAAAAAGUGACUGACCACUUCAGUGAGGAAUUAAAUGAUAUACUCAUCUCUAAAGAGUAUUAAGUUAUGAUUAUUAAAAUUAAAUGCUAUUUGAAUUGACCCUUAGUUUAAUUUUAAAAUCUAGAUGUUAUUUGAGAGAGCAUGUUUCAAUCCAAACUGUUAAUGUCAGACAUUCUAAUUUAAGUAGAUUCAUUCAUAGGUUAAAUUUCUUAAUAAAUAGUUUUCCUUUUUCCUA